AUGUUGCUGCCCAUUCAAGGCUAUGAGAAGAAGCCUCUGGUCUCACUCGAAGAAGCUAUUGAGCCACUGGUCUCACUUGUGCCUGAUGUCAAACGAAUGGCAUAUAUCGCCAAAAUGAAAUGUGAAAAUCCUCCAGCUGAUAAACUCUCACUGGACGAAUCAGCCUCAGUCAUGCUCUACUCGAUGGAAUGGGAACCGCAAGAAGAAUGUCUCUAUUUUGUCUUCAAUGCGACUCUUCGUGCCGAGAAACGGCAGCAACUCAGGCCUUGGUUCCUCUAUCUCAAACUGUUGCUCACUGCACUCGCUCAUCUUCCAUCGACGCAUCGCUUCGUUUAUCGUGGAAUUAAACGUGAUAUGCGAAAAGACUAUCCAAUCGGCAAAACGAUCAUCUGGUGGGGAUUCACCUCGUGCACAUCGAAAAUGCAUGUAUUGGAGAAUGAACAGUUUUUGGGUUCGACAGGCACCAGAACUCUCUUCACUAUCGAAUGUGACAGUGGUAAAGAUAUUCGACGACAUUCACAAUUCGAAACCGAAGACGAAAUUCUUCUUCCGGCUGCACGACAAUUCGAGGUUGUUUCAUGUCUGAAUCAAGGCAGUGGUCUUCAUCUCAUUCAACUAAAAGAAACUCAACCACCAUUUCCUCUAAUUGAACUUGACAACAGGUAG